AUGACUUGCAAAUGGAUUGAUGUGGUACUCUUCACACUCCCUUUGUGGAUUUGCCCUGGACACCAUUCAAUAUUACCUUCUUCAUGGCAAAGCAAAGACGAUCCAAACCUCACCAACCCGAUAACCUGUUUCAAGAGCAGUCCCCAUGCUUCAAUAAUGGGAAGCACAUGCAUCAUUUACGCUGAUGAGCACUGUGCUGUAGGCUGCUGCAUGGUCCCCAUGAGGAGGGUGGAGAACUUGGAUGAGGCCAUACUAAUUGCCAUCCCAGUAGAUUGUGGACGUUUUGAGAUGGUGACCACUGCAGCAUUGGAGUCCAAGUGUGGAGAGAGCCCUCUAGCGAUACCAUUAUCUGAGUAA